GCCAGGCCCUGCAACCCAAACAGCCCGGGACCAUGCUGGCACUCCGAGGCUCCUUGCUUCCACACUUGGGACUGUUCCUGUGCCUGGCUCUGCACUUAUCCCCUUCCCUCUCUGCCAGUGAUAAUGGGUCCUGUGUGGUCCUUGAUAACAUCUACGCCUCCGACAACUUGGGAAUCAACACUGUGGCUACCGUCUCUGGUGGGAAUGUAACCUAUACAGUGACGGUCCCCGUGAACGAUUCAGUCAGUGCUGUGAUCCUGAAAGCAGUGAAGGAGGACGACAGCCCAGUGGGCACCUGGAGUGGAACAUAUGAGAAGUGCAACGACAGCAGUGUCUACUAUAACUUGACAUCCCAAAGCCAAUUGGUCUUCCAGACAAACUGGACAGUUCCUGCUUCUGAGGAUGUGACUAAAGUCAACCUGCAGGUCCUCAUCGUCGUCAAUCGAACAGCCUCAGUAUCAUCUGUGAAAGUGGAACAAGUACAAUCCUCAGCCUCGACCCCUAUUCCUGAGAGUUCUGAGACCAGCCAGACUAUAAACACGACUCCAACCGUGAACACAGCCAAGACUACAGCCAAGGACACAGCCAAUACCACAACCGUGACUACAGCCAAUACCACAGCCAUGACCACAGCCAUGACCACAGCCAUGACCACAGCCAAGACCACAGCCAAAAGCCUGGCCAUCCGCACUCUCGGCAGCCCCCUGGCAGGCGCCCUCCAUAUCCUGCUUGUUUUUCUCAUUAGUAAACUCCUCUUCUAAAGGAAACUGGGGAAGCAGAUCUCCAACCUCCAGGUCAUCCUCCCGAGCUCAUUUCAGGCCAGUGCUUAAACAUACUCGAAAUGAAGGGUUUAUCUCCUCAGUCCGCAGCUCCACCACCUUGGACCACAGACCUGCAACACUAGUGCACUUGAGGGAUACAAAUGCUUGCCUAGAUCUUUCAGGGCACAAAUUCUGCUUCUUGUAAAUACUUAGUCCAUCCAUCCUGCUUGUAACCUGAAGUUCUGACUCUCAGUCUAACCUGUUGACAGUCAAUCUGAACUUGUGCUUCUUGCCAAAGUAUUCCCAUGAGCCUCCUGGGCUUGGGGGUGGGGAGGGGAUGAUCCUUCUUUACUUUCAAACUGAUUUCAGAUUUCUGGCCAAACCUACUCAGGUUACAAAGGACUUAUAUGACUGUAGGAAAAAGAGAAAUGAGUGGUCGUCCUGUGGCUACUAGCAGAUUCCCACUGUGCCCAGACCAGUCGGUAGGUUUUGAAGGAAGUAUAUGAAAACUGCGCCUCAGAAGCCAAUGACAGGACACAUGACUUUUUUUUUUCUAAGUCAAAUAAACAAUAUAUUGAACAAGAA